AUGAGAGUCAGUGAAGACUCGGAACAAGUAUUUUCCAAUGGCCAUUCCACAAGUUCCAACGGUUCUACUCCAAGGAAGCCCUUCCACUCCGGUCUGAACGGGCAUGUGAACGGAUCUAGCCCUUCAUACGCAAAUGGAACCUCCAAAAAACUGGCUCCCGUUAGGUCGGCCACAUAUCGAGGUCACAACAGGGAAGAGGUGGUCAGAAUUCUGAUCCAGGGCUUGCUAGAUAUGGGAUAUUCGGACGCUGCCAAUGUCUUAUCCAGUGAGAGUGGAUAUGAGCUCGAAAGCCCUUCAGUAGCUGCCUUCCGACAAGCUAUCUUGGAAGGCAUAUGGUCCGAGGCAGAAGCCAUACUAUUAGGAUCGCAUCAGACCGACCGGGGUGGACCCCUUCUGGAUGACGAACAAUAUGGAGAUGGACUCGUCCUCGCGGAAGGCGCCGAUAGAGGGCAGAUGCUGUUCUGGAUCCGGCAGCAGAAAUUUCUCGAGCUACUCGAUCGACGCGACCUGGGCAUGGCUCUCAUGGUUCUAAGACAAGAGCUGACACCCCUCGAACACGAUAUCCACCAAUUACAUGCCCUUUCAACAUUACUUAUGUGUCCGCCUGAAGAUCUCAGAACCAAGGCGCACUGGUCAGGUACAGUGGACGAGUCAAGACAGAUGCUGCUGCAGGACCUAUCUCGGUCAAUCGCACCCUCAGUCAUGAUUCGAGAUCAUAGGCUAGCGGAGCUCUUUGACCAUAUAAAGCAGAGCCAGAUUAACCAAUGUCUUUACCACAACACCGCGGAACCUCCAUCGCUGUACUCGGACCAUAUCUGUGACCGUGAGGACUUCCCAUCGCGGACGUUUCUCCAACUCGAGGAUCACACCGGUGAGGUUUGGCAUGUGCAAUUCUCUCACGAUGGUACGAAAUUGGCUACGGCAAGCCAGGACCAAACCGUCAACAUUUAUGAAACAGUGACGUUCAAACGGCUUCACGCCCUCACUCAUCAUUCGGCGGGGGUUACAUACGUGUCUUGGAGCCCAGACGACACCAAAAUCAUCACUUGCUCGCAGGAUUGCAAAGCCCGUGUCUACGAUGUCGAAACAGGAAGACUCGAGGUGACCCUUGAGCAUCAAAGCGUAGAACAUAACUACGGCAUCACCGCCGCUGCGUGGUGUCCCGACUCCCAAGGCUUUGUCACUGCAAGUCACGACCGUAACUCGCAGCUGUGUUAUUGGAACCUCCGAGGCUCGAAGCGCGAGAAACCGGAGCACGUCUGGCCCAAGGGCUUCCGCGUGCAAGAUGUGGCCAUCACCGAGGAUGGGAAUUGGCUAGUUGCGCUUGACCUUCAGAAUAUUAUCCGCGUCUUCGACAUGCACACUUAUCGAGAAGAGCCACCCAUUAAGGUACUGAGCAGGACGACAAGCAUUACUCUAAGUCGCGAUGGCCGCACGGUUCUGGUCAACCUGGUCCUUGGUGAAGUCCAUAUGAUUGACUUGGUCACGAGAGACACCAUUCGCAAGUUCCGCGGUCAGAAACAGGGCGAGUUUGUGAUCCGGAGCUGCUUUGGGGGAGCUGCAGAGAAUUUUGUGGUUAGUGGUUCAGAAGAUGGCUUGAUCUACGUGUGGCACAAGGAGAACGAAUCGCUAAUCGAGAAGCUGCCUGGGCAUGGUCGAGGUCAAAGUGGUAAGGAGUGCGUGACGACGGUGGACUGGAACCCCAGAGAUGCCGGCAUGUUUGCGUCUGGGGGGGAUGACCGCAAAGUGCGAAUGUCAGUUUCUAAAGCUCCCUGA